AGCCGCUUCCAUUACUUCCUUUACUUCCCGGAAACACAAACCUUCAUUCAACAAGAUGGCGACAUUGACAGUGAGCCGGCCGCUGUUCGGGGGUUUCAGUUUCGAAAACUGCAAGAGAAAUGCACUUUUGGAAGGUGAAGCUAACAAAGUGGGAUGCAGUCUGCCUGCCGCCCGGAAAACAGGAACUACCAUCUGUGGUGUUGUCUUCAAGGAUGGCAUCGUCCUCGGAGCUGACACCAGAGCCACCGAGGGCAUGAUAGUGGCAGACAAGAACUGCUCCAAGAUCCACUACAUCUCCCCCAACAUUUACUGCUGUGGAGCAGGAACAGCUGCAGACACAGAGAUGACCACUCAGAUCAUCUCGUCCAACCUGGAGCUGCACGCCCUCUCCACGGGCAGGCUGCCACGCGUGGCCACCGCCAACCGCAUGCUCAAACAGAUGCUCUUCAGGUAUCAGGGCUACAUCGGGGCUGCUCUGGUCCUGGGUGGAGUGGACUGUAACGGUCCUCACCUUUACAGCAUCUACCCUCACGGCUCCACCGACAAGCUGCCCUACGUCACCAUGGGCUCUGGGUCCCUGGCUGCCAUGGCUGUGUUUGAGGACCGCUACAAGCCCGACAUGGAGGAGGAGGAUGCCAAGCGGCUGGUGCGAGACGCCAUCGCCGCGGGCAUCUUUAAUGACCUGGGCUCCGGCAGCAACAUCGACCUGUGUGUCAUCACCAAGGGCAAGGUGGACUACAUCCGGCCCCAUGAUGAGGCCAACAAGAAGGGUGUCAGAGUAAAUGAGGGUGAAGCCUUGCAGCUAACCGGCGACUACAAGUACAAAAGAGGAACCACCGGCGUGUUGACGAAGGCGGUGACCCCGCUGGCCCUGGAGGUUGUGGAGGAAACUGUACAGACCAUGGAUACCUCCUAAAACACUUGUACCGUGUGUUUCUCGAUGUAACUCACUACCCCUCAGAAUUCCUAACACAAAUGGCAUGUUUUUUUCCAUGAUUUACAAUAAAAGUGUUUGAGUUGA